AGCAAGUUUAAUGUUCAUCAUCGAGAGAUCCGAGACUCAUACCUUCUUCUCCUUACAGACAGACCCUAAAGCAAGUUGACUGUGCUUAUCUCGAAUCUCCGACUAGGAAACGGCAAAACUCAGACGACCCCUUUAUCAUCAAAACGGUUAAACUUUGAUCUUCGUAAACGACGUCGUUUCGGGGUAUUAGUUUAAUAUCCACAAAACAACGUCAUUUUCUACAGAACAGAGACGAUAGCUCCGUUGCUCGUUGCGGUGAAUUAGUCUUGGUUUUUUUCCUGGUUUUGUUACUUACGCACUCUGGUGAAGCCGAGUCUAAAGUUAUGACACCAGUAGAAGAGGACAAUUUUGAGGAUUCUCAUAUUUACAAUUGUGAGGAUUCUCAUAUUUAUAUGGGCUUUGCUCUGCACCAGGCUAAACUUGCUCUGGAGGCUCUUGAAGUUCCCGUGGGAUGUGUUAUUCUUGAGGACGGUAAGGUCAUUGCUUCAGGGAGAAACCGAACAAAUGAGACACGCAAUGCCACAAGACAUGCAGAGAUGGAAGCAAUUGAUCAACUUGUCGGACAAUGGCAGAAAAAUGGACUCUCACCUUCACAAGUCGCUGAGAAAUUCUCGAAAUGCACUCUUUACGUAACAUGCGAACCUUGCAUAAUGUGUGCAUCGGCCUUAUCGUUUCUUGGUAUAAAAGAAGUGUAUUAUGGAUGUGCGAAUGAUAAAUUUGGGGGAUGUGGUUCCAUUUUGUCGCUUCACUUAGGCAGUUCUCAGCAGUCAGAUAUUCUGGAAGAAGCUCAAAGAGGCAAAGGGUACAAGUGCAGAGGAGGAAUAAUGGCAGAAGAAGCUGUCUCUCUUUUCAAAUGUUUCUAUGAGCAAGGCAAUCCCAAUGCCCCAAAACCACACCGCCCGGUAGUUCAAAGAGAGAGGACUUGAGGUUAACAUGUUGCAGAUAUUGGCGUUCAUAGGACUCUGCAUUGAAGGUUGCUCUACAGAACAUUGCCCAUUUUAGCUUUCAGUCCCAUAUACCGUUUACUUUUUGUUUGAUUGUUUGUAAGUUUUCAAUGAUUCUCCUUAUGGUUUUGCUACUUUUUGCACAUGAAACAAUAAGAGAGACAAUUUUCAAAAUCGAGUAAAUGCAUUUCCUCAUAAUUCGAAAAUUUCAACUUA